UGUUGAUGCGGUGUUUUGCUGUGAUUGCGAGUUAAGAGGAGUAAUAACAGCUGAGUAUUUCCGUAUGGCUGACAAGGAUAAUCGUCAGGGUCCGUUCUCUAAAGUACUGCAGAAACAUGCAGGAAGAGCCAAAGAACGGAUGUUAUGCUUUUGAAUUAAAUGGGUGUUUGUCUUUUUGUUUGAAAGCUUUUCAUUAACGAAUAAGUGAUUGGACAGAAUAAAGAGUAAAGAUAUAAUCUUAAAUUAUUGCAAAAUUUGGGCAAAGCAGACCGAACAACUGAUGCUGAUUUUGAUCUUUGUGUGAAGAAUUUUAAUAAACAGCAAAUUGCUGUGUUGAGAUUGCAAAAGGAAUUUAAAAAUUAUCAUCAGUGCUUGAAAGCUAUGCAGGCAUCUAGAAAGAGUCUUAUGGAUACCAUAUGUGAACUGUAUGAACCCUGUUGGGUAGGGUUGGAUUAUUUUUUGACAAAAUCUGAGACACUGAACCAGAAUUUUGAAGACUUUUGUGAAAAGAUAAACAAUCAACUGUUAACUCCAGUAGCAUCUUACAUAGCUCAAUUUCCUGAGCUGAAUAACAAAAUAGCUAAGCGAAAUCGAAAAUUGUUGGAUUAUGACAAUUGCCGCCAUAAUUUGCAGAAUCUUCAAACUUUGAAAAAACGGGAGGAGGCAAAAAUUGCCAAGGCCAAAGAGCAGCUAGAUGAGGCUCGUAAUCUCUUCGAAGUUAUCAACUCUGAAUUGCAUGAUGAAUUACCUGCAUUGUAUGAUAGCCGUGUGUCAUUUUUUGUAUCCCAUCUUCAAUGCCUGUAUCUUGCAGAAGCUCAGUUUCAUAGCCAAGAUUCAGUUGCAUACAUUGAAUUAAAUAGCAUUUUGGAAGCUCUAGAUGAAGCAUGCAGAAAAGGAACCACAUAUGAGCCAAACAAGGCUGAUGUUGAAUCUCAGGGAGAGAAAGGUGAUGAUUCAUCAGCACUGAAGUCUACUACUUUAUCUGAGUUUCUGUUGGAGAAAGAAGAUGGAUCUUCAUCUGGGUCGGCAUCUGGCAGUGCUGUGUUUUCUACACCUCCAACAACAGCAGUUAGAUCUCUCAGUUCAGAUAAUUUUGAUGUUACAAAAGAAGAUAUGAAAGAAGAUGAAAGCUUGGAAGUCGAGGCUGCUAAAGAACCACCUCCUACAGAACACCGUAUAUUGUAUCAGGUACAAGGCACUUACAAGUACACUGCUGAAGAUGUUGAUGAACUAUCCUUUAAUGUUGGUGAUAUCAUUGAUGUAAUUGCCUAUGAGGAUCCAGAUGAACAAGAAGAAGGAUGGCUGAUGGGUAUAUUUAAUGGAAGAAAAGGAUUGUUUCCUGCCAAUUUUACAUCUCGUAUAUAAAUUUUUGACAUGUGGACAAAAUUUGCAAUAUAUAUGCAAAUAUGCAUUGUGAUAUUUUGAAAAGCCAUUCCUUGUUUUCAUGGAUUUAUUCAAGUAUCGUGUGUUUUACAUUAUUGAGCUUGACAUCAUCUUACUAGUUUGUAAUGUAGGUACAUAAUGAGUUAUUGUAUAUUAUUCCAUUGUUUAUAUUUAAGUCUAAUUUCUAUUUUGGGGGGGGUAUAACUCUUCAGGCAGAAAACGGACCAGUUAGAACAAACUUAAAGCUAUCUUGUUGCAACAUAAAUAAGUGAAUUGGUGUAAGAUAAUAACAUUUUAAUUUUGUUUGUGGAUUAUGGUAGUUCAAACUUAAACAGAACAAAUAGUUAUUCAUUUUUACAUUUAUUUAUACAACCAUUGAAAAUAAUCUGCUACACAAAUAUAGAGAGGCCAUAUAUUUUCAUUCUGUUUUUCAUGUUAUCAUUCUAUCAUCUGUAACCAAUUGUAUGAGGUAGUAGGUUCAGAUUUUGUAUUAUGAAUAGCUACGUGGUUAUUUGUAUACGGGUUAAAAUAGUCACACAUUAAUUUAAAAUUUGGAUCUGUUUUUAAACAGAAGAGAAACAUUUGGCGUUUUUCGUUUUAUCCAAUUGUUUAUGAUAUCAAAUUAUUUUUUAUAUGCUCUUUAUUGUGCAGUUGAAAUACAGACAAAAGUCGUUAAUCCGGACUUCGGCGAUUCCGGAUUAUCGAUUUUUCUGGAUUAUAGAUCAUCAGUUUAAAUCUGGUAAGAUGGCAUGCAGAAAUUAUAAAAUUAAAAAUAUGAAACCAUAAU